AUCUCUGGCCAUCAACUCCUCAAGGCGUCCCACAGUUUGCGCUGAAAGGCAUCCUCACCUUUAAGGAGAGCGAGGAGUGUGCGGGGUGUGUAGAACGGGGCUGCAGACGCGGGACUUCCUUUGGCUCUAAAAUGUUUGUGAGUUUGUGAUUGUGGUCAGCGCUGAACACUGGAAAGAGACAUAUUUAAUAUAACCUAACACAAGCCACGGGUGCAUUUUACAGCGCUACACAAAAUAUUACGAAUACGGAGAAAUGUAACUUUCUCUAUCCAGAACAAUGGGAUUCUAACGGGAUGUUCGAGAUUAACAUACUACGGUUGUGUGCAGUCCUCAAAUUUUGAAAUUGGAGGAUCUGAACUUUUUGUGCGAGCGUUUAGUUUGCUGUUCUCCCAGGAUCUGAUUCAAACCUGCUCGGUUGGACUGAACUUUGAGAUGAGCAAAAAGUGACAUAGCGACUCUCAUCUCUUCUGCACUCUUAACAGAUUUAUACAACGCCAUGAAAGACGAUUUUGCAGACGAGGAGGAAGUACAGUCUUUUGGAUACAAGCGGUUCGGGAUCCAGGAGGGUACCCAGUGUACUAAGUGUAAGAAUGAGUGGGCAUUGAAGACCUCCAUAGCACUGCUCUACGUGCUGUGUACUCUACUCACCAUCGCUGUUGCUGUCCUCGGGUAUAAAGUGGUGCAAAAGGUUGACAAUGUGUCCGAAGGUAUCGAGAGCUAUGGCGGGAAGAUCAUUGCUAUGGAAACAGACUUGAAAAAGCUAGAUGACCAGACUGGCGAGAAGUCAGAGAACACCACCACAGAAAUCCAGGCCUUUAAGAACAUCAUCCGGGCUCUGCAGAGGCAGCUGUCCGAGGUGGCUGAAAGGAGCAGUAGUAACCGGGCAGCCCUGGGUCGUCUGCAGGAUGCUGGCCAGGACAUGCAAGGCAGCCAGGGCUCCAUCCAGGGUCUGCUGGAUGCCAACACAGCCACGCUGAGGUCCGUCAACGGUACCUUGCGGGCCUACGGCGGCACCAUGGAGGGUCUUCAGGAGGACACGGCUCGGCUGCAGACAGAGCUCCAGGAGCAGGUUCGGCAGCAGAGCCAGGCCCUGUUCAGCAUCGGGAAUCUCAACCUCACCCAGGCCCAACAGAGGGGCCUGAUCUUGGCUUUGCAAAGGUCUGUGGACGACACCAGCCAGGCCAUCCAGAAGAUCCGCAAUGACUUCCAGAGCCUAGAGCAGACGGCCAGGCAGACGAAGUCGGACGCUGAUUGGCUGCGGGAGAAGGUGCAGAACCUCCAGGCGCUGGCCUCCAACGCCUCUACCCUGGCCAAGGCCAACAACGACAGCCUGGAGGACGUGGGUUCUCAGCUCGCCUUGCUGUCCGGACAGCUCCAGAACACCUCCAGCCUGGCGGAGAACCAUGACCAGACCCUCAGGGAGAUCAUGGACCAGCAGAGGGACCAUGACAACCUCACCUCCUCCAAGUUCGACCAGCUGGAGAUACGCCUGGACGAGUCGGAGGGGAGCAUCGACCGCGUGACGGGCAACAUUAGCUUUACAACCCAACUCCUGGGCGCCAUCAACCUCAACCUCAACGAGCUGCGCACCUGCGCUGAAACGGUGGGACGCCACUCCGACUACCUGGCUGACCUGAACUCCACGGUUUCGGACGUGAGGUCGGACGCCACCACACUAAGGUCGCAGCAGGACGACCUGGCGGCCCGCCUGGACAAGGAGUUCACCAGCCUCUCCAUCGUCAUGGAGGAGAUGAAACUGGUGGACAGCAAGCACUCACAGCUAAUCACCAACUUCACCAUCCUACAGGGUCCACCUGGUCCCAGAGGCCCGCGGGGUGACAAAGGACCCCAGGGAGCGGCCGGUCAGGCUGGUCAGAAGGGGGAGAAAGGGGAUAAAGGUGGGCCUGGGGUGCAGGGGCUCCGUGGAGAGAAGGGAUCUCCAGGACCACCGGGACUACCAGGUUCCAAAGGUCAACCAGGCUCACGGGGCAACCCAGGUUCAAAGGGCUCCAGAGGGUCAGGGGGCAGGGCAGGACCUCCAGGGGCGAAGGGUGAGCCAGGCACGGCUGGGCUCCCUGGGAGAGACGGACAGCCCGGUCCUCAGGGGCCGCAGGGCCCGCCAGGAGACCGAGGACAGGUCGGGCCGGCUGGGACACAGGGACCCAGGGGAGCAGUGGGGCCUGUGGGGGCCCCAGGGCCACCUGGACUUCCAGGACUCCCUGCCCGACCUGCAGCAGCAGCAGCAGUGCCUUUGGUCCCUGUCUCUCUGAAGAGUGACCCCCCCGCACCUACGGUGUGGGCCCCAGGUUGUCCUCAUGAGUGGGUUGGCUUCAGAGACAAAUGCUACCACUUCUCCAGGGAGCUGCACAACUUUGACGAUGCAAAGAAAAGCUGUGAUGCCCAGACUGCGUCAAUGGUGAUCAUUAACGAUAUAGAUGAACAGAAAUGGCUGCAGAAGCAGACCUCUGGAAAGGGCUACUUCUGGAUGGGUCUGACAGACAGGGAGAAGGAGAAUGUUUGGCACUGGCUGGAUGGAACCGAACCUGCCUUCACGAAGUGGAAGCCGGGCCAGCCAGACAACUGGAGCCACGGGCACGAGAGAGGAGAGGACUGCGCAGGCCUCAUCCACGGGGGACUGUGGAAUGAUUUCUUCUGUGAAGAUCUCAUCAGCUACAUCUGUGAGAAGGCCAUGGAGAGCUCAAAAACACCAGGAUUAUAGCACCCUCUGGGGGAGAAGAAAAAGAAGCACGGUUGAGUCAGAGGCGGUGUGGUGAGCAACAUUAUGUUCCAGCCACGAGUGUAACUAGCCAUCUGACACACUUUUGCAU